AUAAGACCAAAGUAUUGUUUGGAACAUCACUACCCACAAUCCUCUGCGCUUUCCCGCAAGCUCAGUGGGCGGAGCUCGAGCGGAAACAUGGCAGCGGGCGUCUUAACUAGAGUAACGCAGGUUCUCCGAAGACCUCGGUUGGUCUCUGCCGUGUUCUCAUGUCACGGACAGACGUUCAGCUCCGCGGCAGCUGCAGUCAAAUCAACGAGAGACACCGCUGCUACAGAGAAAAUCCAGAACUUCCCACUUACUCAACCAGACUAUUUCCGCUUGUCUGAGCUCUUCACCAUAAAGGACCUGUUUGAGGCCCGUGUCCAUCUCGGACACAAGAAAGGCUGCCGACACAGGCUGAUGGAACCGUAUGUGUUCGGCUCUCGUCUGGAUGUUGACAUCAUAGAUCUGGAGCAGACAGCAGAACACCUCCAGCAGGCGCUGAACUUCACGGCUCACGUGGCGUACCGCGGCGGGGUCAUCCUCUUCGUGAGCCGCAGGCGGCAGUUCGGGCACCUGGUGGAGUCGACGGCGAGGGAGUGCGGAGAAUACGCUCACACGCGCUACUGGAAGGGAGGAGUGCUCACCAACGCCCCUAUCCAGUUCAGCCCUGGGGUGAGACUUCCAGACCUCAUCGUCUUCUUCUCCACGCUCAAUAAUGUUUUCCAGCAGCACGUCGGGAUCCGGGACGCAGCCAAAAUGAAUAUUCCCACCGUCGGGAUUGUGGACUCUAAUUGUAACCCCAGCCUCAUCACGUACCCAGUGCCAGGAAACGAUGACACUCCUGUUGCGAUUGAGAUGUACUGCCGGCUAUUCAAAAUGACAGUGAACAGGGCAAAGGACAAGAGGAGACAGAUGGAGCUUCUCAAGGGUAUUUCAGCCUCAGGAUAAGGAAGGGCAAUGAGCUUCAGCGGCGCUAAUCACAGUG